UUGAGGGAUUUUGGACUUUUUCUCUGUGAUCAAUAGUCAAUACUUCUGCAAUACAAUAUUGUUGGGUCCAAAAUUUUAAAGGGCCCAAAAAGAAUUUGUACUAGUAGAACUCCAUCUGCCAGAAGCCAGCCCAGGUUCGAAGGAAGGAAAUAACAGAACGAAGGGAACUUACUGAAGACGGGAAGAGAAAGCUCAAAAGCGAAACUGCGGAAGCGACCAAGUCGACCACCGCCGCCAGCCGGCGCCAGGCUCCAGCCUUCAAAGUAAAUCCGCCAAUCUAAAAGAAAAAGUAUAGGGAUAAUAUUACUUCAUUUUCAAAAAACAGCCCUUGCUAAUAGUACCCGCUGAUCUGAAUCCAAAGAGCAGGAUAUAGCUUGGAGCUUGGUAUGGCGAUUAGAUCCAAGGAUGCGAUGAAGAUGUUAGUCAAGAAGUUAGGUGGUGAGAAGAGCUUGGGGGCUGGAACCAAACAACGGCUGGAGAAAUUGCCACCCAAGAGUAAUGUUAUUAUGGGCCGUGCCCACCGCGGCCUGUACGCCGGGCGCCAUAUUCGUUACGGCAACCAAGUCAGCGAAGACGGCGGAAACAAGACAAGGAGGAAUUGGAAGCCCAAUGUGCAAGGCAAACGUCUGUUCAGUUACAUCCUGGACCGCUUCAUUAAAGUCAAGGUCUCCAUUCAUGCUCUUAGAUGCAUUGACAGAGCUGGCGGGUUCGACGAGUACCUCCUGAAGACACCGUAUGAGAAGAUGGAUUCGGAAUUUGGGGUGUAUUGGAAAGCUAAAAUUCAAAAGAUGUACGAAGAGCUGGAAGAGAAGGAAGUGUUCUUGUCACUGGAGGAUGAAGGGAAGAUCAAAGAGAAAUUCAAGGGAUUGAAAUUAGUUGAGAAGGCACAUUGUAGGGAAGCGAGGGUUAAAAUGUAUGAUUGGAUACUCAGAUCUGAAAAGAUAGAAGAUGAGGAGGCACAUGAAGGGACUGGUGAAGAAGCCGGUAAUAGUAUUGAGGAAGCUUUGUCUUCUCAACCAGAAUUUAGUACACAGAUGGUUGCCAAUGCUUGAUGUUGUUAUAAGUGUUUUUUUUCCUGUCAAAACAUUUUUUCCCCUGUAACUGUUGCUUCCAUAAAAUGUGCUUUCUUAUUUACGCCUAGAAGAAGCUCAAUCCUAUCCCUUGAUGUCACAGAACUCGUUCGGUAUAUGAGUAUAUCUGCUCAAAUUGUUGAAAAUUUCAGAGUUGAAUCUGGUUAAAUAUGGAAUAAUCACAUUUAACAUACGUCGUUUAUUUUAGGACUACAAAACGCACAGUAUAAUUG